UUAUAUUGUAGUCUUUGAUUAACUGUUCAGUUUUUGUGAAUAUAAUUUCAAAAUAGAUAGGUUCCGAAGUAUCCAAACAUUUCUGAGAUAAUUAAAUAAUGGCUGAUUCGAAUAAAGAGUCCGUUACAAAAGUACCUAUGAUUUAUGUUUGUGGAGAGUGUCACAGGGAGAAUGAAAUAAAACCACGAGAUCCAAUCAGAUGCAGAGAAUGUGGAUACAGAAUCAUGUACAAAAAAAGAACUAAAAGAUUGGUGGUUUUUGAUGCGCGAUAGCAGGGAUAAAUAGAAGAGCUUAUUUUUUAUCACUUAAAUAUCCAUUUGUUACAUUAAAGGUAUUGUAAACAAUAAAUGGGCAAAUAUUUGGCA